AUGAAGAAUACCCUUGCCCUACUUACGGUUCUUUCCUCUACAAUAGGAGCAUGGGCUCACGGUGAAGAUGAAGCCAAGGAAAUGGGGCCGGUAGCCUUCUUGUGGCCACCAGACCGCGUCUGGGGUGCGGCCUAUGAUAACACUGCCCCUUGUGGUUCAUCCUCUGGGGUUGUGAACAGGACUGAAUUUCCUCUUGUCAAUGGUCAGCUCGCUCUUGUGAUUCAGGACGAGUCUUGGAAUGUUCAGGUUUCUAUCUCCCACAGGAACGACCCUGCAAGCAAUGACGACUUUGAGGCCUUCAUCGUCAGCUCCCGUAUAUCCGACAUUGACCCAGGGCACGAAUGCUACGCCGUCCCCAAUCCCGGCAUUGACGUUGAGUCUGGAAUGAACGCCACCUUCCAAAUCAAAUAUACUUCAGAUUUUGAUACAGAUAAAAAUGAAACCUACUAUGCUUGCGCGGAUGUAACUUACGUUCCGGCUAGCAAGUUCACGUACCAGGUUCCCUGUUUCAACGUGACAGCCAAUGAGUUCACCCCUACAAAUUCAUCUACAUCUGAUACCGACAACCCGGACUCUACAUCAGCAAGUUCAGAUACAACUAUCAAUACAGCUAGCACAAAGAGUUCUGGCUCUGGUUUGUCUGGGGGUGCUAUCGCAGGCAUUGUGGUCGGGUGUGUCGCAGCAAUCAUAAUCGGUGCAGUUCUCUUGUUCGGGUAUAGGAGACUCUUGCAGAAAUAUAGAUCUGCUCGUCAAAAGGCCUCUGUGAGGAAUGUUGAUUGGGCUGAAAAUGGUGUCAAACCCUCUGGCUUGGACCAACCAGACACUUAUGGACUUCGCAAGCUUAAGUGAACUAUCAUCUUACCGCAGGUGAUCGUGUCUCCGCUGAUUCGUAUCGCUACUUAAAUUAUGACCUUAUGGACAUAUAUGACCUUUUUAUACUGAAAUAAUGAACGCCAGUCCCAACUAGUUCCGGGUGUGGGUAUAUAUAUCUCAACAACUAUGGUGGUCAGAAUGGACCCGAUUCAUAUAACACACAUAGCGUACACAUGUUAUAAUUAAUAUUGUAUAUUUCCCUCCUGCACCUACUAUAUGCCUCUCCAUUGACCAUGAUCAACAACAACAAAAUCAAUAAUAGUUAGGAGCGUACUUUCAGGGACUAGCAGUGGUGGAGAUUGAAGCCUGAGGCAACAAAAACACCCGGAAUUUUCGUUGACUCAUCAAAGGGCGCGAACAUAGUUAACUACAUCCCAGUGAAUGCCCAACGACAUCAAUACCACAGCGAAUUGUUACAGUGCCAGAAAGAAGAAAAAACCUCAAGAUUAUAACAGAUGGCUUC